UGGACAUGUCGUGGACGACAUUCCGCCGAUAUCUGAUACAAAAGAACCGGCCUAUCUUGAUACAUGCCCAAACAAUCUGCCUUUCUUUGUCACUUACUGUAUCGAAGCCCGGCCAGAUGCUUUACGCCAGUUUACCUUCGUCUGAGGACUUAACACAUGCGCCUACCAAAGAGAACCCACCCACGCGUUCUUCAUCGCACCGCAAGCUCAAGAUCGCUCUCACCUCUAUACUCGUGCUGGCCAUAGUCAUCUUCUCGGCUCUAGCGGCCGCGCAUACUUUACACACGACCAAGGUUCCUGAGACUUGCGGUAUUACCCCCAACGAAGCGCGCUCUCGAGGCUGUCAAUACGACGUGAUGUCCUUCGCGUGGACACCCCCGCGAUGCUUCGACUCCGAUCUGAUGGCUGAAUUUGCCAGCCUCCGCAAUUGGACGUUCUUCACUUCUCAGAAUGGUACAGAGGCUGUGCCGUAUGACUCCGUUGCUCUCGGUGAGCAAGAUGAACUGUUCGUGACUCAAGAGUUCCAUAUGUAUCACUGUACAUACAUGUGGCGAAAGAUGCAUCGCGCUGUACUUGCCGCAGUGCCGCUGGAUGGAUACAUUGGAAACUACCAUCACACAGGUCACUGUGAGCGUCAGAUUAUGCAGCAAGCUCGGAAGGCCCAUGAGAUCAGCACAACUAUAUUCACCAAGUAUGUUAGCUGUCCUUUUGAGCAAACGGAUCUGGGGGAUGGAGGCUGGUAUAGGAUCAUCGACGGAUCGAAAGUGUCCCCCAGCAAGGCAGGCGGUCAUGGCCAGGGUUGACCGUGACUGUUCGUGAUGGUGGUGACUUCCUAUCGCGCUGGCGGCUUCAGUCUGAUGUACACAUUGUGGUUCAUGUUUUAUGGCUGUAGCGAAAGGGGAGGCUCAAAAGAAGGACUUGUCUUAUGUCAAUAUCAUCAACACCCAUCGCAAAUCGGUAUUUCAUCUGCUUGGGAUGAUCACUGCAUACGUCUCGCGAGCCGUUCAUAAGGUCUUGGAAUGCGCCUUGAAAAUUCUAUCGGUCCUGGUCUAAGCCUUAAUAGAGUUAGUAUUAGACGAGUCUUAGUGUAGUAUAAGCAUAGACAGAGCCUUCUAUUUCCCCGUCGACGAGGGUAAGGCAAGCGAUAGCGUCUAUACGAGCGCUCGUAUAAUGGUCACUUACACGAAAUGGAACC